AUGGCCACCUCAAUGCAGCGUGAGCGUCCCAUCGCUCCAAUGGCCCCCCCGCCUCCCAAGGACCUCACCAAGGUCAAUGGCAACACCCUCAUGUCCCCUCCGGACCCAACUCUUGACAGCUUCAGCCAAAGCAGCCAUGAAGUCAAUGCGAACGUUAUCAAUGCCACGCCAAUCUCCGGCAUAAACUCAAUGCCAAUGUCCCCUCCCAUCUCGCCUUGCAGCAGGCCCCUUCAGCCUACCGCAAACGCCCCCACGACAUCUCACAACCAGAUUGUUCAGGACCCCGUCCUCUACCCUGCGGACGAGUCUUCACCUGCCAGCCCUCCUCAGGAACCUCUUUUCACUCCUGCAGAGAUUGAGCUUCAGCACACCAUUGACAACCACGUCCGAGCCCGAUCUGCGAGCGCCUUCAACACGGGCUCGCCUCCUAAACCCGGACACUACAAGCUGGCCCUCGAUUUUAACCUCGAUUUCAAACUCGAUUUCAAGACGGAAGUCAUGAAGUUUUACAAAAAGAACCCCCGAGAAUGGCUACGCAGGCAACGUGAGCAACUAGUGGUCGAUAGAAAGGCUUCCCAGCGAUUCCAACCAAUCCUCCCCGCCACCAAGACUGUCUCUGCGCCCAAGCCCGCCAGGAUGCGAACUGAACGUGUCACUAAACCCCAACCUGCACCCCGUCCUCCUCGCAAUAGUCUCAGCUCUGGAGUAUCGGGUGGCGCCGUUGCCAGACCCGCCAAGCGCACUAGUGCCACCCCGGAGCCCUCUCGUCGUAUCGUCGCCCCUAACCGUGAGGACAAGGACUUCCAAUCGCUUCCCGACUACUGCCCUCCCGUUGACUCUCUUCCGAAUCGUCCUAACUCUUUGAAGGUGGACUGGAAGGGCCAGCCCAUUGACCUGAGCAAUGAUCCUCACACCCGUCUUCUGCACCCCGAUGAGGUGCUUCUCGCCGCCAACCUACGGCUCGACUGUGCCACUUAUCUCACCAGCAAACGUCGCAUCUUUGACCGCCGUCUACAGUGCCUCCGCACCGGCAAAGAAUUCCGCAAGACAGAUGCCCAGCAGGCCUGCAAGAUUGAUGUCAACAAAGCCUCGAAGCUCUGGUCCGCUUUCGAAAAGGUGGGCUGGCUCGAUCCCCGCUGGGUGCGCGAUUUCGUCUAA